CUGGACAGAGCCUCGGCUCUGCUGCCCUGGCCAUCCAAGAUACCGUUACUUAUUGGAUCCCUCAUGAUCUACUAGUUCGCCAUUCAACAGGAUUGCGCACUGAUGGGGAGGAUCAACCGUUGAGUAUCAUGAGCGAUUUCAAGGAAAAGCCUCUACUGCAGACAUAAUGGCUCGGUGUCCAUCAGACGACGUGCUCUGGAUGAUUGGUGAGCACAUUGAGGAUCUCGAAACAAGAUACAACCUGAUACAAUGUUCGCGGAGAUUUCAUCGAUUAUUUCUACCACUGCUAUAUUCAUCACUCUCAUUCCGGUGUACCAGGGAUGAGUAUUGUGAAGACCGUGUUGGUAGUUACUCGAAGAGCAAAUUUGCACUCAUCCAGGACCUCUGCCGUCGUCCAGAUCUCGCAAGGCUUGUACGUCACUUGGAGGUCAAUGUCAAAAGCGACAGCGUAUCAGAGGGACUCGUGGAAUACUAUGUGCCUCCUUUCUGGGGUCUCGUGCAUACGGACCUGUCGCUACUUGAUCAAAUAUCGAAGGAGAUAUGGGAGACCGAGCAAGAAGGAUCCCAGUUGGUCAGAUAUCUCAGACGCGGCUCCGUAGAUGCUUGGUCGAGUCUUUUAUUGGCAAAACUCUCUCAUCUGCAGACGAUGAGCAUCAUACAUGCGGACUGGGACGAACCGUUUUUCUUUAAUCGAGUCCUACUCAAGGCUGCCACACGGCAGUAUCCAUUUCACGAAGCACCCCAUCUUUCCCGUCUUCAUACCGUGGACUUUUCUCCUAGCCAUGAAAUGGACGGGGUAGCGGCAACUUUUGUUGUGCCAUUUUUUAAUUUACCUGCUGUCCGCACGAUCCGUGGCUACAGUGUGAUCGAUUGGGACCUCUGCGAGGUAUUGAAACACGAUGGUCUAGAGAUAACGAAGGGUACAAGCCCAGUCACGGAAAUAAAGCUCUGUGGCGAAUAUGACGAAGAAAUGGACUACUGGUUUGCAGCCUGCAGCAAACUGGAGACAUUCAAAUUCUUAUAUAUGCAGGGAGGUAACCCAUUAGAGUUGCCCUUGGAAAUAUUUCGAGCAAAGGAAUUGCGCAGAUCUCUCCUGUCGUUUCGAAAAACACUGAAAACCAUAUGGGUAACAGGCCCCGACUGCUCCACAAGCACUUUCACCAAUGGAUACGAUGAGCCAGCCGAUAUCUUCGUGUUCGGGUCGUUCAAGGAGUUCUCUGCUCUUCGGGAACUACGCAUUGAUUUGGUCAACUUUUUGUGCGACGACUGGGUGGAUGGUACUGCAGAAUACCAUAUCAUCGAUCUCCUCCCACGCUCCCUGGAGGUGCUUGACAUUAUGAACAUUUACCCUAAUAUGUUGGCAUACCUAAUAGCAGACUUUAUGCAAGUGAUCGGAGAGAGGAGCACGCGCGUCCCUCACUUCAAGACUCUUAAAAUCGGCUCGGAAUCUUUCUGGUUCCCAACAGAUGAGACUCAAGAAAAUCUCGAAUUUUUGAGAGGCUUUUGCGAUGGAACUGGCAUCAAGCUAGUUGUCCAUAGUGACGAAUGUCCCCCACUGUGUGAAUUACAGGACUGUAUUUGUGUGUAAGUAGACAAGAAAAAACACGAAAGAUACAAGAAAGAUAUUCCGAAUAUAUUUGAAACAUCUAUAGCUAGUUAUACAUGCUGUGCGGUCAAGGGAGGUUUUAUGUUGACCAAACUGCGGUAUUCGUCGUUUCUUCGAGGAAUGUGUCGAAACCUAAACAGCACGGGAGCAGGAUCUGAAUUGCUUGCUUGACUCUAGGUCUAGGGGGGAUUUGAUCCCAUAUUUAUCUCUAGCAUACAAAGAAUCUAGAUCCUAGUAAUCUAGUAAUCUAAUCACC